CAUAAAAACUGAUUUUCAGCAAUAUCAAUAAACCCCAAACCUCGAUUCCAUUGCAACCAGCAAAACACUGCAUCAACCAUCCCAAAAGAUGCAGCCCACAUGGUUGUUGGCUCUCUCAUUUCUAGGUUUCCUCUCCUUUCUCACCCGCUCCAUUUCCCUUCUCAACUGGGUUUUCACCAUUUUUCUCAGAUCCCCCAAGAACCUCAACAACUAUGGUUCAUGGGCUCUCAUCACCGGAGCUACCGACGGCAUAGGGAAAGCCUUUGCCAACCAACUAGCUCGCCAAGGCCUUAACCUUAUACUCGUCAGUAGGAACCUAAACAAGCUGAAAACAGUUUCAGCUGAAAUCCGAGCCCAAUUUCCCCAUCUAAAGAUCAAGGUCGUGGCCCAGGAUUUCUCCGGCAAUCUAUCGGCUGGUGUCGGGUUAAUAGAAGAGGCGGUGAAGGGGGUGGAAGUUGGUGUGUUGAUCAACAACGUGGGGAUAACGUACCCCAGAGCCAUGUAUUUCCAUGAGGUCGAGGAGGAAGUGGUGAAGGGGAUUAUUAGAGUGAAUUUGGAAGGGACGACCUGGGUUACCAGAGCGGUGCUGCCGGGGAUGUUAAAUAGGAAGCGCGGUGCGAUUGUCAACGUCGGUUCUGGUGCUUCCAUUGUUGUCCCUUCGCAUCCUCUUUACACAAUCUAUGCCGCUACAAAAGCCAGGUAUAUAGAUAAGUUAUCGAGAUCUCUGUAUGUGGAAUAUAAACUAAGAGGGAUUGACGUGCAAUGCCAGGUACCGCUAUAUGUGGCAACAAAUUUAGCAUCCAAAGUAGCAUCAAUCGAGAAAUCAUCUAUGUUUGUCCCAUCGCCUGAAGAUUAUGCCAAAGCGGCGAUCCGCCAAAUAGGCUAUGAGCCACGGUGCACGCCGUACUGGUCUCACGCUGUUCAGUGGUGUUUCGCACGGUUGCUACCCGAUGUCCUUCUUGAUGCUUGGCGUCUCUCAAUCGCCCUCCGAAGGCGAGCAGAGCGAGAACAAACCCCAGCCGAAUAGCAGGAGCCACAGGAGUAGCAGCCCGUGAUAACUAGGCUCGAAGGCUUGUCUGAAAAAUAAGAGGGUUUGAAAAAAUACGAUAUCCGAAAAAUGAGUUCGAGUAAAAUUUAAGGCUCAUUUUUUAUAUGGGUCGAACCUUGGGCAAAUCUUUUUGGCCCGAACUUAGCCUGAUUUGGCUCAAAUAUAUUAUGUUAUAAAAAUUAAUUACAUUAAUUAUAUAAAUUAAAUAAUAAUUAUAUAUUUAUAUUAAA